AUUUGUAAAGAUGAAACUUAUCUACUUGUUGGUUGUAUUCCUAAUUUUCGCUCUAAGCGAAUUAGUAGCGGGCCAGUCAUCUGCGGAAUUGGCAGCCUACAAGCAAAUUCAACAGGCCUGCAUCAAGGAGCUGAAUAUUGCUGCCAGUGAUGCUAAUUUGCUGACCACCGACAAGGAGGUGGCGAAUCCCUCGGAGUCGGUGAAGUGCUAUCACAGCUGUGUCUACAAGAAGCUGGGUCUCCUGGGUGACGAUGGAAAGCCCAAUACCGAUAAGAUCGUCAAGUUUGCCCAGAUCCGUUUCAGCAGUCUGCCGGUCGAUAAGCUAAAGAGUUUGCUUACCAGCUGCGGAGCCACAAAGUCAGCCACCACCUGUGACUUUGUCUAUAACUAUGAAAAGUGUGUAGUUAAGGGUAUGAGUGCCUAA